UUGUUUAUUGGGGUCUUGUCCAGAACAUCAGGGUCAAUAUUGAAAAGGAGCUUUGUACUGUUUUGAUUGAAGUCACCGAAGCCAUCCUUUUGCUAAUUUGGGGAGAGUUAACUUGAAGAUCAAGCCAUCAAGACCUGUGUACCUGAGGUAGCCCGUCUACUGGGGCCAGACUGUCCGUUUGGUUUGCCAACAUGAGGUCCACGUUCGGCAAGGCCACCCGGGACGUCAGUGGUAGUGGGAGGAAGAAGCACACGCCAAGGGAGGAGUGGAUCACUAGGAAGUUGGCGUUUCUGUCUUCCCACGUAUAUAGGGUGCCAAUCAGGAGUAGGGUGAACUUCUUGCAGCAGUUGAAGCAGCGUCAUCCCGACCGUUUCGACGCUGUGGCUACUGAGGGGCAGGGCCAGACCCAGGAGACGGGCAAGGAGACAGAGGAGACGGGUGACGUAUGUGAUGAGGAGGAGGAGCCAGUGGGCACCGGCACCCCUGUCUGUUCCAAGAGGAGGAAGACGGCUACAGCUACAGCUACAGCUACCUCCACAGUCAUGGAGCGUAUCGAGGAGCGUAUCGCUGCUAAGACACAGGCACAGCAGCAGCUCAUGGAGAAGGAGGAGACUGCACACAUUGCGUUCGGCCGCAUGAUCAGCUUGGCCGCUGGUAAACUAGAUGAGGAGUCGUGGGACACCUUCCAGCUGGAGGUUAACCAGUGUCUGGUUAAGGCAAGGAGGGAGACGAGGGAGAGGGGGAAGGCUGCUGAGAGUCGUCGCCACUUGCAGCCACAGGGAGACAUUGCCGCCCAGCAGCAACAGCAGUGUGCGCAGGGGAUUUUGCAAGACUGGCAGCACCACUUACAGCUGCCACCAGCGCAGCAGCAGCCAGUGCAGCCACCGGCGAGGUCUGCCAGUGCACCCCCCCAGGGCAGUACUCCGUACUCUUUUGGGGAGAUGUUGGCACUUGAGUAGUCUCAGGUGUCUGGGGAACGGUCCUUUUAAGGACCCUUGUAAGUACCCAAGGGGAACGGUCCUUCUAAGGACCAUUGUAAGUACCCUGCCAGAUCCUCCCAGAAGGAUCAAGCAACUUCUGAUGCUCUAAUGUUUAUGUGUUUCUUCUUUUUUUUUCUUUUUUUCUU